AUGGGCAAUCUCCCUCAUGCACGAGUAACACCGGCCUGGCCAUUCAUAAAUACAGGUGUUGAUUAUUUUGGCCCAUUAUGGAUCCAUUAUAAGAUAAGAGGAAAGAAACCCGCAAACGCAUAUGCAGCAGUUUUUUGCUGUACCGCUAUAAAGGCAGUUCUCUUUGAACUAGUAAGUGACUUUUCAACCGAGGCCUUCUUAGGAGCUUUCAAACGUUUUAUUAGUCGAAGAGGACGCUGUCAAAACAUUUAUAGUGACAGUGCAACGAACUUUGUUGGUGCCAUCAACAAGCUAUCCGAACUCUCCGGCUCGAUCUUUGCCGAAAAUGGAAAACAACUCGUCACUUCAACGUGCAGUUCAAAGGAAAUACAGUUUCACUUCAUUCCCCCCAGAGCGCCCCAUUUUGGAAGCUUAUGGGAGGCAGCUGUCAAAUCAGCAAAACACCUUCUAAUCCGCAGUGUAGGCUCAGCCUCAUUAACUUAUGAAGAAUUGGAGACGGUGGUCAUUGAAAUAGAAGCGAUUUUAAAUUCACGUCCCUUGAAACCUAUGUCCAAUAAUCCACCCGAUAUCUCUGCUCUAACUCCAGGACAUCUAUUAACUGGUGAAGCCCCCACAGCUCAAGUUGACACUGAAGCCAGCUCCAAGAAGCUAUCACUCUUGUCAAGAUGGGAACUUGUCUCUCAAGUUAAACACGAAUUCUGGAAUGAAUAUCUUCACGAAUUACGGCAAAGACACAAAUGGAAGAAAUCAUCUCCCAACAUCAAGCCAGGAGAUAUGAUAAUUAUCAAAGAAGAUAUUAUUCCCACCAUGAAAUGGCCAUUAGGACGAGUUGUAAAUGUAUAUCCAGAAAAUUAUGGAUCUACUCGAGUUGCCGAUGUAAAAACCUCAUCGGGAACUCUUAAACGACCAGUACAUCGCCUCGCUUUGCUUCUCAUUGAUGACAACAACUCAGAUGCACACCUCCCUGCAGAAGAAACUGCAGACCAAGAUAUUGAGCCAGAAACUAAAAUAAUGAAAUUGCCGUCAAUUAAUGUCUUGGUCACACUGUUAGCAAUGCUCUUAAUACUGUCCCCAUGGUCUUUGGAACCCGAACAACCAAUCAAGAAUUUGGAUCUAAGCUUGGAAUCUAUUUUGAAGAAAUAG